UCUUAACUUAGUACACGUAUUGAGAGAAGACAAUUUACGUUUUGACGUAUUUGAGAAAAUAAUUAACACAUUUAAGAUUGUAACUCUAAUUUCUGUACAAAAAGUGGACAAUGUUUUUAUGGGAUUGGUUUUCAGGAGUGUUAAACUUUCUUGGUCUAUGGAAGAAAUCGGGUAAAUUAGUGUUUUUAGGUUUAGAUAAUGCCGGUAAAACGACACUAUUACACAUGUUAAAAGAUGAUCGUAUGGCACAGCAUGUUCCAACCCUCCAUCCAACAUCAGAAGAUUUAUCUAUGGGUGGUAUGAGGUUUACAACAUUUGAUCUUGGAGGUCACAGACAAGCACGAAGAGUAUGGAAAGAUUAUUUCCCAGCAGUGGAUGGUAUUGUAUUUUUAAUUGAUGCUUGUGAUAGAGAAAGAUUUGUGGAAGCAAAAGCAGAAUUAGACAGUUUAUUAACAGAUGAACAGGUAGCUAACGCCCCUAUAUUAGUUUUGGGUAAUAAGAUAGAUAAACCAGGAGCAGCUAGUGAAGAUGAAAUCAGACAUUGGUUUGGUUUAAAUGGUCAGACUACAGGCAAGGGUACCGUGUCACGUAGUGAAUUACCAGGACGACCCAUGGAAUUAUUUAUGUGUACAGUGUUAAAACGUCAAGGUUAUGGAGAAGGUUUCCGUUGGUUAGCUCAGUAUAUAAACUGAUAUAAAUAACAAAAAUAAUAAUAGGACUGAAUUUUAGGUAUAUUUCAUCUUAAUUAUAUCAUUCAUUAUUCUUAUAUUGGACUCUUGGUGAUUGUUUUUUCGUAAGACAUUUCUCAACUAAGACACUCACGGUUAUAGGGAUAAUGAUGUCAAAAUUAUCAAAAAAAUCAGUAAUUACAAUGGGACAUUUUGGUUCUCAAAACCCAACAAAUAAGAUGAAAUUGUGUCACAAGUCCAAGAAGAAAAGAAGAAGAAAUGAUUUAGUUUUGUCUUAUAAUCAGUUGUAGAGUCAUGGUACAUCCAUUCUACUAGCUUGGUGAGUUCAAUAUAAAAAUAAAUACUAGAUGUAAUAAAGAUGAAAUAUGUGUGAAAGUUUAAACCAUCCCUGUAGCCUAUAGAUGAUAUAAAUACAACCAAUAUCAUAUAUCUACUGAACACAGGAUGUACGGUGAAUGUGUCAAGUUUUAUGUGAUUCACACCAGUUUUACUAUAUUUUCUUAUCAUUUGAACUAAUGCAUUUGUGGAAUGAUAGGUUCUCCAAGGUGAAAGAAUAUCUUUGAAUUUUGCAUUAAAUUUGUGUAUAGCAUCCUAUGAUAUUUUAAUAGUUGUCUAAAAUUGCCGGAAAUUAGUGAUAUAUUUUAAGUACAGCCUAAAAAAACCAUCUUGCAGAGCAACUAGAUGUGUUUUACCUGUUAAUAUGAAAUGAAACCUGUUGAUUCAAAAGACUAAGAAAAUAAAGUAAGACUGAAGAAAAUGUUCUGUAAAUAAUAUGAAGUAGAAUUUUGAUAUUAAAAUUAAUUGUAAAAUAUAGAGAGAGCAUUUUAUUGGAAUUUCUGCUUCCUGGCUUUUCAUUUUAGUAUCCAUGAUUGUGGUUCAGGCUUAAAUGACUGGUAACUCAACAGUAUAUUUUGCUGUACACAGCUCCACUUUUAUCAGAACAAGAUAUCCAAGAAAUCCUAGAUUUUGGGUGACCUCCAAUUCUUAACUAAAAUUCAGAUCCACAAAAAAUAUGUUCAAUUUUUGUUAGUUGAAGCCUUGUCAGCUUUACAUAAUAUUGAACCAUGAUCAUGAGAAUACAUCCCUUAUAUAUUAUCAUUCCUUGUUCGACUUGAUUUGGUGAGACAAGAAAUAUCCAUAAGAAAACACAAUGUCAUAAAUGAAUAUGAAUCUGUUGUCCCCAUUGGUAUUCUUUGCUUAAGAUACAACCAAACACUGAUUUAAGAAAAAUACAUGCACUCUGUAUCCUUUUGCAGUGCUUUUAUCAGCAAUUUGUUGCUCACACCCAAAUUUUUCAAAAUUUGAUUAAUUUUUCAGGUUAAGUUAUAAUUUAAUUGAAUAGAAAUCGUAUUUGUUGGUUGAGUAAUUCCAACAUGUAUGAAAUAUUUGGUCAAUUAUAUUUGUACCAAGUUGCAAUGUUUUUGUUGUUAAAUAUUCAUGACAUAUUUCUCUACCAUAUUUUGGUCAUCCAAAGUGUUCAUAAUAAGUAGUGAGCUGAAACAUUAUGCCUGAAGAUUUUCACAAAUUCUUUGAAAUCUAAUUAAGGAUCUUCUCCUUGGAAUGUUAUAUCUAUUCUUUCAAGAUUUUAUGGUCGAUGUGUCAAAAUAUUGUCCUACAAUUUUCUAUGAAUGAUUUAGCUCUGAUUUGUAUGGUUUCUUUUUGACAGUCCAGACCAGAUAUUGAAUUUAAAGACAUAAUGAUGAAUGUCAAAUGCAACUACAUUUUGAUUUGUGUUAAUUUAUGUGAAAUUAUCUGGCCUUGUCCAAAUAUAUGAAGUUUUAUUUUCAUUAUUGUAUUUAAAAUUUGUACAAAAAAAUCUUGAAAACUCUUUCAUGUAUGUUAAAAAAAAAAAAAUUAAUUCCUUCUUUCGAGCUUUUUUUUCAGUCCAAACCAGCUUUACUUUGAAAAAAUAAUGUUUUAGAUUAUAAAGCAUUCAUUGUUUUC